GUAUAAGGAGUAGCAGCAGGGAGGAGACUCUGGGAAGGCAGGGGAGCCUGGGAAAGGAGAGAAAAGGCUGCGGACUUAGAGGGACGGGAGAGUAAGUCAGGAGGAAGAGCACAGAGGAGGGCACACACAGACACACGGAGGGGGAGGAAGGGCAAAGAGAAGAAAACUCGGGUGGGAAGAAGACGGGAGGAAGAGGAGCAAGGCAGAGAUGAAGUCACAGGGCUCCCUGGCCUGCCUCCUGCUGGCCCUGUGCUUGGGCAGUGGGGAGGCUGGCCCACUGCUGAGAGGAGGGGAGAGCGCUGGAGCAGGUGCUGGGGAGGCCGUGGGACAUGGGGUGCGAGACGCCAUUGGACAGGGGGUGGGAGACGCCAUUAGCCAUGGAGUCGAAGAGGCUGUUGGCCAAGGGGCUGGACAGGCAGCUGGCUCCACAACCAGGGAGGUCAUGGGCCACGACAUGGGGGAAGCAGCCCGUGCCCUUGGAAACACUGCGGGUGAGGCUGGCAGACCGGUUGAGAACAUCAUUCGACAUGGAGGAGAUGCUGUCCACAGCUCCUGGCAGGGGAUGCCAGGCAGCAGCAGUGCUUGGCCUCCAUCUGGAGGCCAUGGCAUCUUUGGCUCCCAGGGUGGCUCUGGAGGCCACAGCCAGGGCAAUCCUGGAGGGCCAGGGACUCCCUGGGGCCAGGGAUACCCCCGAGAUUCAGAUGGAAGCUUUGGAGCCCACUCUCAGGGAGGCCCCUGGGGCCAAGAAAGCAAUAGAGGGUCUUUCAGCUCGGCCACCAACGCUCGGGGGACUGUGGUCCAACCCGGUUACGGCUCCGUGAGAGGCAGCAACUCACACACAGAGUGCACCAACCCCCCGCCAUCCGGCUCAGGUGGAAGCUCCAGCAGCUCGGGGGGAGGCAGCGGCGGAGGUGGUGGCAGCGGCGGUGAUGCCAGCAAAGGUGGCAGUGGUGGUGGCGGCAGCAGCAGUUACGGGUCCAGCUGGGACCGUCCCUUAGAAAAUUCUAGGAAUUUUGAUCAAAGCGACUACUCAAGCUCCCAGGGACACAAUACCGGCUCUUCCUCGGGUAGCAGUGGCGGCGGAAGUGGCGGCGGAAAUAAACCCGGGUGUGACAGCCCAGGGAAUGAAGUCCGCAUAUCCGGAGGAUCUGGGGGUCAGGGCUUUGGAGGAGGACAGGGAGGCUCUGGUGGCUACGCUGACAUCAGGGAAAUAAGCAAAGAGGGCAGUCGCCUGGUUGGGGGCCCCCAAGACAAUUAUCAGAACUCUCAGACGUCUCCUGGGCUCUUCAACUUUGACACUUUCUGGAAGAAUUUUAAAUCCAAGCUGGGUUUCAUUAACUGGGAUGCCAUAAACAAGGGCCAAGUCCCACGCCCCAGCACACGCGCCCUGCUCUACUUCAGCCGACUCUGGGAGGAUUUCAAACACAACACCCCUUUCCUGAACUGGAAAGCCAUUAUUGAGGGUGCUGAUGCGUCCUUGCUCCAGAAGAGGUCGGGCAGUGCCGGUCAGUCUGGCUCAGGAUGGCAAGAGGUGGCCGUGGUGACUUCUAAGAACACCUAUAACCAGCAGGCAUACCCUACUCCCUCUGGUGGGCAGUACUCAGCCAAGAUCCCCUCUAAGGGGGGAGCCACGCCUUCUUCCUCGGCUUCCCAGGUGCGCCCUGGCCUGCUGCAGUGGGUGAAGUUCUGGGAGAAGCAGGAGUAAAGGAACGCGCAGGUGAAACAGAAAAUUAUUUCCAAUCAUAACUGAGGUCCUGAACAACAUCAGCCAUCAAGGAGCACAACUGUGCCCCACCCCCAACUCUCUCCCUGUGUCAGGCUUGGUCUGGGUGCUGACACCUGCUUUUUCCCGGUUGAACCUGGUCUGUCUGUCCCUCGUUUCUUCCAACUGAACUGUGGGGUCUCCUUGUCCAGAAACCUCAUCGGAUAAACCUGCCACUUUCUUCACCUACUCUGUUUUGUGACCUGAAGUCACUGUGACAAUUCUUCAGGAGAAGCUUCCUACUUUGGGAUUUCUUUGUGGAAAUAAAACAUGAAUCUUAUUUCCUUAA